UCACAGAAACCUAAAAACAGCACUGCAAGCUAGGUGGAAAGUCUAAGUCAACACAGCCACGGUGGCAGAUAAAAGGCUCAUCUUGAGUUUCCUUCCUCUGUCUUAGUUACUGACUCGGCCGACGCUUCGACCGAAUAUGUGACUAUUUAACUUUGACUUAAUGUGACUACAUCAAUGCUAGAGCCUGCUGCUCCAAACUGAACAGAUGGGUAAUUCCAGAGAUGGUUGGCCAGUGUCUCUCCACUAUGCUGAUGCUGGUCUCCAUGCACUGGUUCAUUUUCCUCCUCAACCUGCCUGUAGCAGCCUGGAACAUAUAUAGGCAUGUGAAGGUACCGAUGGGAAACAUGGGCGUGUUUGACCCCACUGAGAUCCACAACCGCGGUCAGCUGAAGUCUCACAUGAAGGAGGCCAUGAUUAAACUGGGUUACCACCUGCUCUGCUUCUUCAUUUAUUUGUACAGCAUGAUCCUGGCUCUGAUCAACGACUGAAGUACUCAGCAAGCUCUCUGACCCUAGCUGCCAAAUUCCAAAUUCCAACUCAAGGGUUUGCUUUUUUUCCCCCCUCACAUCAUGCUCAUGUACUGUAUGCAUCAAAUCUUUCAGAACAGCCAAGAGAACAAGUUUGCUAUUACUGUGGUCGUACUGAGGUUCACACUGUCAUCUGUGUCAUCAGAAUCACAGAGUUUUUACUUUGAUACAAUACUAAUGUUGAUAUUAACCAUUUAACACUUCAGUACCAUCGUGACAAAAUUCUAUUAUGAAGUAAUAGGGGUUAGGGUUAGUUCAGUUGCACAGUUGGGGACACAGUGGACUGUUUGGUGUUUUAGCUGUUUGAUUGAUAAGAAGCAGACAGAUAAAUGACUGUUCAGCCGAAUCAGUACGUUGAAUUGGGUGGUAGGACUCAUGAACAGGCUGUUCAGUCAUCAGUUUUUCCUUAAUUUCCCACUUGUGCCUUUCUUUUUUGCUUCAUAAUGUCUAAUAAGGUCUUUGCAAUUUCUUUUCAGACAUCUUCUCGUUUAGAGUUCAUAUUAUGAGACUGCUGAAUAAGUCACACCUACAUGUUUUUUGGAUCACAAACACCCUGACAAGAUAUUUCCUCUCACAGACACAGUGCACACAGAUAGAUGACAAAUGAAAAUAAAACUCAACAUAAACUAAAAAUAGUAACUUUUAACUAUAUAGUACAUUUCAAAAACAAAGUUAAAAAGUGCAUUACAAUAAAGAAAAAGAAUAAUAAGUAAAUACAAUCCAAAACAGACAAGAUAAAACAAGGUCCACUAAUUUAAACAAUUAGGACAUUUAAAUGGGGACACUGAGUUAGUGCAAAAUGUGUGAAUAAGGUUCAGGGUGGAGAGCACUGUAUAAGACAUCCUGCCAGUAUCUCCCACAGGUGUUCAGUUGGCUUCUCCUGGUGGCUGAAGUCCAGAACAAAUGAUUUUCACCAGUCACCAGUCCGCAUGUCCACAUUUCAGUCACCGGUCUUUCUUGUGUGGGUUUUAUUUAUUUAUUUAUUUUUUGCUUGCUUGGUGUGUCACUCUGUCUAGUCCAACACUGUUGUUGCUCCUUCAUUUCUCUGAACUCCUGCAGUUCCAACCUUCUCCCACUUUACUGUAACAAAAUUGAUUUUAGGCUUGUAUAUCAUAUUUGGUCAAAGUAUCAAAGGUUUUCAAAAAAUUUCAAAAGCUUUGUAUUGGUAUUGAAGUGUAGAGAAUACACUGUUAUUGUGACAACAUUGGUGACCCUCAAAUGGUGGAUCACUAAUCUGCCAGACUUCCAGCAUCACACUUCAUUACUGAUCACCUACCAAAACUCAGCAGACACACACCACGUACACACAAGUUAAUAAAUAUAGUCAUAUUUGCCUCCAUAUUAGUAUACACUGUACACAUGCACUGUAUGUAUUUGUAUUCAUCACACAUCACUGGGCAGAGUGAAGGACAAUCACACUAACCACACACAUACACACAUUUGUCCUGUCUCACUGUGUCUUGUGUCGUGUUGGAAGGAUGUCUGAACUGGGCUGUUAAGUGUUUUGCCAUAAAACAGGCUGUUCUAGCGAGUCUGGAAAGAAAUUAUACUUUAUCUGAGUAAUGGCUGUUGUAUUGUUACCGUAUGAGUGGGAGUUUGGAUUGACCUCAGUCAUGCACCGAUGUUGUUUACUCAAUGACUUUUGCAUUGAACACACACUGUAUUUUAAAGUCUGAUGUUCCCUGCAUUAGCAGGUGUCUCAGUUUUUCACUGGGAUGAUGGAUGUGUGCACUCCUCUUUAUGUGAUUAAGUGUAUAGACAGAACAGUCAUGACUGUACCAUACAUUCAUACCUGCUCUGUACUAUGAAAGGCCUGUUCUGUGAGCCACAAAUACAGGUUUUCUGGAGUCAUUUCUCUCUUCAGUGUGGGUGAACUGGGAGAACUGAUGGUGAAUGAGUUCAUGUCUGAUUCAUGCUAUAAUGUCUUAUGUGGUUUCUUUUUUCUUAAGUUUCUUUUUGGGAAGGAAAUAUGGUGUUUCAUAAAUAAACAUGAAAGACAAGUUGUUUGUCUUCAUUUGCCUCAAAAUGGGCGAUUGCAUUGAUUUAUACAGUACGCUAUAUACUGUGUGAAAUAAUCUUUAUGAAUUGAGACCUAAUGCAAGCAACUACAGAUGAUAAGUUGUUUAAGCAUUUCUUUAGAAGGAGAGCUGAAGUUGUACCUCUACUGUGUUCUUCUCCGAAGGAGUUUCAUUUUUCUUUCACCUCUGAAACUUUUCAAAUUUAUUCUAUCUUUCAGAGACGUGUUAAUAACACCUAAUUCUGAUUUUAGAAUCCAUGUUAUGUAAAAUUCGAUAGUGACGUGAAGAUUUGUUAUUAAGCAAAAAAUGUUAUUGGAAAAGUUCCUGCAUUAGAAAAGGGUCCUUACAUGUAUUAAUGGUAUCACAGAUAUAAACUGUACAUCAAUGAAUUUUAGUUGGCUUUGAGUCAGUAAUAAAUUAUAAGAAAUUUAUUUAUGAUGGACUACUGUUGAUUUAUAAUGAUUAAUUUCUUUUAGUGUGCAGUCAUAUGAUCUGCACGCAGACAAUGACAGUGCUGCUGGUCAUGGUUCAGACUUUUUCCUCUUGUUGUAUUAAUCUUAAGCCUGCAA